UGAAAAUUUUUAAAUUGAUAAUACAAAAUAAAAAUAAACAAUGCAGUAACAAAAUGCAUUUUUAAUUCAAAGUAAAAAUACGCUUAUAAACUUCAAGUUAGAAGUGAGUAAUUAUAAAUAUUAAUCCAUAUAUGCCAAAGUGUGUGCUGAAUCCAUAUUGACCAUGUAAAAUAAAACAUUGAAAAAAAAAAAUAUUGCACAUUUUUUGUUGACAUUUUCUACUAUAAAUAAAUUAACUUUUGCACGGUAUAAUUAAACAGUAUGAAAAACAUUUUAGUAUGUGGCGUGUAAAUUGCAUUUGAUUUUGAGCCAUUAUUCUGCCUAUACCAAUUGAAAGUAAAACUCGAAAAACACUUCAGUACACACAAUGGAACAAGAAAUCGGAACAUGGGACUCGGUGCUUUUGGAAAAUCUUUCCGAAGAUAGCUUUAUAAAUAAUAUCCAUCUUCGCUACAAACGUGACCAUAUAUAUACGUACAUUGGAACAUCCGUUGUCGCGGUGAAUCCAUAUCAUCACAUAUCAGAACGAACUUCAGAUACCAUACGAAACUAUGGGAGUAAAGGCAUAUUUCAGCUGCCGCCUCAUAUAUACGGUUUAACAAAUUUAGCAUUUCAAUCACUCAAAGAUCAGGGGGAAGAUCAGUGCAUCGUGCUUACAGGUGAAAGUGGCGCCGGUAAAACAGAAUCGUUUAAAAUGAUCGUGAAUUUCCUUACGCAUAUUCAAGAGAAAAACGCACCUGCAACCUCACAGUUUAAAAAGGAACCCACGAUAAGCGGUACAGGGAGUGCUUACUCCGGUUAUGUUAAUACGCAUCGACGUACAUCGAGCAAUUGUUCGGCUCAAAAUAUUACUUUAUACAAGAAAUCUGAUAGUGCCAUGACAAUAACAAAUUCUGCACGCCGGCAGUCGCUUUCGCCCGGUCCACCACCACGUCGUUGCAGCACAGCUAAUGUUUCCGCACAACGCAUACGCGCUGAAAGUUCAGACCGCAGCCAAUCUCGGCGCAAUAUGCGCGAAAAAAUUGUUGAUUUCGAUUUCUCACAUCAUAAAAGUACUGAAAACAUUUCAUAUGUCGAUGGGAAAGGUGCGUUUCGCACUAUUGACAAACAUCCCUCGAAAUCCUGCUUUAAACAUCAGCCCACUCAAACAACACCAUUUGUCACUGCCAACCUAAUGAAUCCAAAUUUAGCUUCUUCUUCCAAAUACCUGCACAGCGGUGCACACCAAACAGGAACUUCAGCUAGUAGUGGUUGUCGUCAAUGCGGACAUAGUAAAUGUACACGUGCUCUAGCGCUCGAAGUAGAUUCACGAAAUAUGCCUUUUAAAAAUACCACCACGCAAAAUUUAUUAGCCGGCCCAUCUAGAGGAAUGCAUCGUGGAAGUUUUUGUAAUUUGCUUCGCCAGCAUUCUACAGAAAGUCAAACUGACCAUUCGUCAUUGAUUGGUUCAACACAACGUAUUUCACUCUAUGAGGCACAUAAGCAAAAUCAAUUGGCCGCAACUUGUACCGCUAUGCCAGGGUCAACAUGUGCACAAACUUCUUCAUCUCUAUCACUCUCAGGGACAAUGAAUGUGCUAAGCACAAGGUCACGACGAAAGUCGCCUAGUCAACGGUUGCGAGAAUGCGUUACAUGUGCUGAUGUCUUUCUCGAGGCUAUGGGGAAUGCGGUUACUUUAAAGAAUAGCAACUCAAGUCGUUAUGGGAAACUGUUCGAUAUCGAAAUUGACUUCAAAGGUGAUCCUAUGGGUGUACACAUAACUCAUUUUAUGUUGGAAAAGACACGCAUUACAAAUACCAGUGUUGGAGAACGGAAUUUUCAUAUAUUCUAUCAGUUGCUGUUGGGUGCCGACUUACCAUUAUUAAAAUCUCUAAAGUUGUAUAGGAAUGUGGAGAAAUAUGAUAUUUUACGAAAUACAACUGCCAUCGAAGAAGAUCGUGAAAACUUUCAUUACACAAAGAAAUCACUUGAGAUACUUGGUUUGUCAUGUGAUGAAAUCAGCGCUAUACUUCGUGUCAUUGCGAUUGUUUUAAAGUUAGGAAACUUUAUUUUUGUGCCCAUUACAAAUAUUGAUGGAACUGAAGGCUGUCAAAUAUCAAAUAUUUACGAGGUUCAAGAAACAGCACAUUUACUAAGCUUAGAUGCUCAAAUCUUAAUUAAUUGCCUUACUCGAGCAAAUUGUUCAAAUAGCACGAUGGAAGAUGUCGGAUGCGAAUUAGAUGCUCGUCAAGCAGCCAAUGCUCGUAGCACGCUCUGUCGCACACUUUAUGGUCGGUUAUUCACAUGGUUGGUGAACAAGAUUAAUGAAACAUUAAAAUCAACGCAACGUGAGAAGAAUUUAGCUUUACUAGAUUUUUACGGUUUCGAAUUGCUUGACAUUAACUCAUUCGAGCAAUUUGCAAUAAAUUAUAGUGCCGAAAAGAUACACCAGAAUUUUGUUCACAACCUAUUAAGGCUCGAGCAGGAGCUUUAUAUACGGGAAGGUCUGGAAUGGACACGUGUAGACUUUUUUGAUAAUGAGUCAAUUUGUGAGCUCAUCGAUAAGCCAUGUUAUGGUAUACUAAGCAUUAUAAAUGAGCCACAUCUGAACAGUAAUGAAGCGCUUUUACUGCGCAUACAACAAUGUUGUGCCGGACAUCCUAAUUUCAUAAGUGGUGCUCAAAAUUCAAUGGGAUUUAAAAUCCGUCACUUUGCCAAUGUAGUAAGCUAUUCAAUUCACCGCUUUUUGGAGAAGAAUUCUGAUGUUUUGCCAAAGUUCGUUAGCGGUGCCCUUUAUCAAAGCAAACUACCGCUGGUUCAAAGUCUAUUUCCGGAAGGUAAUCCUCGACGACAAGUCACACGCAAACCUACAACACUCAGUUCAAAUGUACGAACUCAACUUCACACAUUAUUAGCAAUAAUAAAAAAUCGACGAUCACACUAUGUUUUCUGUAUAAAACCCAAUGAAUGCAAGCAAUCGCAUACGUUCGAUUUAGCUUUGGUGCAGCAUCAAGUACGUUAUAUGUCUCUUAUGCCUUUGGUACAUCUUUGUCGGACGGGGCACUGUUUUCAUUUACCACAUGCUAAAUUCUACAAUCGCUACAAAUUGUUGAAUAGCUCCACUUGGCCACAUUAUCGUGGCAGUGGAAAUGCUGACAGUAUUCCUGGUUGCUCCAUUGUGGAAGGCGUUGCUUUAAUCAUACGUAAUUUGCCUCUACCAGCAGCAGAAUUUACAAUUGGCACGAAAAAUGUAUUUGUCCGCAGUCCGCGCACAGAAUAUGAAUUGGAGCAAUUUCGUCGGGAACGCAUUAAUGAGUUGGCUAUAUUAAUACAAACAAAUUUUCGUAUGUAUGUGGCAAGAAAACGUUAUCUUCGUAUGCGGCAAAGUCAGAUUGUUAUAGCGAGCGCUUGGCGGACAUGGCGGGAGUGUCGCUUUAGCAUUCCAUUUAAAGGCCGAAGACACCUGUGGAGCCUCUAUCGAAGUGCACGUAAGGAAUACACAGUUAUGAAAUAUAAGCGGCAAGUAAAUUGGGCUGUUGACGUUAUAUCAAGAUAUUAUCGACAUUGGAAAAUUCGCCAUUUUUUGUUGACCAUACCUAUGCGUUUGCCGCCAAAUACAUUAAGUCCUCUUUCAAGCGAAUGGCCAACAUCACCCAAAUUUCUAGCUGAAACAUCACGCCUAUUGCGUGCCAUAUACCAUCGUUGGAAAUGUUAUAUUUAUCGCAACUCUUUCGAUCAGACCUCACGAAAUCGCAUGCGUGAAAAAGUUACUGCCAGUAUUAUAUUUAAGGAUCGCAAAGCAUCGUACUCCCGGAGUGUGGGUCACCCAUUUGUGGGCGAUUAUGUACGGUUACGUCAUAACCAGCAGUGGAAGAAGAUGUGUGUGGAGACCAAUGAUCAAUAUGUGGUGUUCGCCGAUAUUAUAAAUAAAAUUACCCGCUCCAGUGGCAAGCUCGUGCCAAUAUUACUUGUGUUAUCAACUUCUGCGCUGCUCCUUUUGGACCAGCGUACGCUACAAAUUAAGUACCGAGUGCCUGCAUCGGAAAUUUAUCGCAUGUCUCUAAGUCCAUAUCUCGAUGAUGUUGCUGUGUUUCAUGUCAAAGCUUCUGAUUUUGGACGCAAAAAGGGCGAUUUUGUUUUUCAAACUGGCCAUGUCAUUGAGAUUGUAACCAAAAUGUUUCUUGUCAUACAAAAUGCCACAGGAAAGCCACCCGAAAUACAUAUUAGCACCGAAUUUGAAGCAAAUUUUGGUCAGCAAACAAUUAUAUUCUCUUUUAAAUAUGGUGGCAUGUCGGAUUUAGUCCAAUCGCAACCGAAAGUUACACGCAAAGCGAAUCGCAUGGAGAUUACUGUGUAAUCAUAUGUACUAUUGUAUUGGAUUAACUUAAGGUGAAUGUUAUAAAAAAGGAAAGUUUCACAAUGUGAUUUGAGACUAUGGUUAGUAUAUAUGUAUGUAGAUGACUGAAGUGUUUAAACUGCAAGAUGUUAUGCUAUAGACUCCUCUUUGAUCGCUGACAAUCAGCUAAAACAAAAACAAAAAAUAUAAAAAAAAUAUGAAAUAAUAUCUGUUAUAAAUUAAGUAGAUGUUUUAAACUGAAUAUAUUUAGAGAAAUGUACUUAUUAUUGAAGAAAUAUUUUUUGCCAUCUUCCGCUUUACAUUAAUACUAAAACAAACUUUUUUGAUAGUUUUGUUGAGACUUAAAUAUAAGUUUGGAAAUAUCCCAAAGACUCAAAAGAAAAUUUAAUAAAUUUAACUUUCAUAUUUUUCACCACAUAAUACGUACAAAGAAUCAUAAAUUCAGUUCAAUGAAAAAACAUAAUUUUAUGAUUGCACAGCUCUAGUUUGCAUGUAAGGGAAAGGGAAGAACUUUUAUAAUGUGUUUUAUGUGCUUUCUUUUCACGUUUUUUCUUUUAUUAUUUCUAUCUGCCUAAGGAAGCAAACAAA